UUCUGUUUCUUCCUUCCUGUGCUUCUCCUGCUUUCUGUUUAAUGCUUCCUAACAAAACCUUCUCAUACACCCCUGUCUACGGUCUCAAGCCCGAUGUCACAUCUCUCGACGACGAUUUGAGAAACCAGAGAGCUGCCAAAUAUGACAGUUCAAAGAUUCUUGAAAUCAAAACCUGGAUAACAAACCUCCUACAAAACGAUCCCAUAUUGUCCAAUUACAACUUGGACCACGAUUUAAUUGACUUGCUAAGAGAUGGCAUAAUUUUAUGCUCAUUGAUCAAUACAAUCACUAGAAAUACAAACAAAAACGAAAUUAAGAUAAAAUUUAGAAAAUCUAACAUGCCAUUUAUCCAAAUGGAGAAUAUAGAUUUUUUUCUUAAAUCCUGCAAAAAGAUUGGUGUGCCUCAAGAUGAACUAUUUUCUACUGUUGAUUUAUUUGAAAAAAAGGAUCCUGCUCAGAUUUACACUACCUUAAUUUCAUUAAGUAGAUAUUCAAACAAAUUAAAUCCUAGUAUUACAAUAAUUGGUCCAAAAUUAGCUGAAAAGAGAAUUCCUCCUUCAAUACCCAAAAAACCAAAAUAUUUGAAGAAUAUCAACAACAGUAAUAGUUGGAGUACUUUUGAGUACGGCUAUAUGAAUGGUGCUAACCAAAACACUGAAAGUAUCCUUUUAGGGGGCGAUAGAAAUAUAAUCAGAGGCAAUAAUAAAAAAAAUUGAUUGAUAUAGAUUUUUUUCUUGUUUUCUUUUUCUUUUUUACUUUAGGUAUUAUAUCAAUAAACAAUUAUAAAUAGAAACUAUUUUACACCAUCCUUCUUUCGAGAAUGCAAUUUCAUCUGUGCCUUUUAUACACUCCUCUUAGUCACUCAUCCAAGAAAAUUUUCUGGUAAAUUUUUCUUAUUCCUCAUUUGAAUAAAAAAACUAAAUAUAAUUGCACCAAGAUUAAACUAUGUACUCAAUAUCAUUAUCUAAUUAAUUAAAAUCAUCACAAAAUAAAAAAUAAAAAAUAAAAAAUAAAAAAUAAAAAUAAAUCACAA